AUGUCAAUCAACUGGGUGAUGCUUCAUGACCGUGAAGGCUUCGUCAAACUUCCAAAUGAGCAGUUGAUAUACACCUCUCCACCGCGCACGAGUCUCUCUCUGCAACCGCUCAGUUCGUACACGGGCAGUGAUUCAAUAUCCCUGCAGAGCGGUGCCGGCCAGAUCUAUCUUACCAAUCAGCGGGUUGUCUAUAUUCCCUCUCAGAAAUCAAAAGACUUUCAAUCAUUCUCGGCUCCGCUUCUCAACAUACAUGACUCGCACGUUACUGCACCAUUUUUCGGUCCAAACUUGUGGCUAGCCCUUGUUCAGCCUGUGUCUGGAGGAGGAAUUCCCCCGUCAUUGCCAGCUGUUCAACUGAAGCUAACGUUUAAAGAGGGAGGCGCGUUUGACUUCCACAAUAACUUUGAGAGACUCAAGGAGCGUAUGCAACAGGCACUUGAGCUCUCUCAAGAAAGCGGCCGAGGAUCGAGAAAUGUGGACCUCUCUACAAUACAUCUGGAAGAGCUGCCGGCCUACACGGGGCCACAGAUUGAUACGUCUGGAGUUCACUCUCACGACCAAAAUCUAUCACCCGACUCAUAUAGUCGCCAGGACAGUGCAGGGAUAGAAGCAGAACCAAUGGAUCCACCGCCAGGUUAUGAAGAAGUUCAACAACAGAGUGUUGCCAACGAACUUGAAGAAAGGCUACGCCGUGCCAGUUGA